GCUCAUAUAAUCUACAAAGAUCUCAACCUCUGAUCAAGUUGUACCAAGUUCCGGAGACGGGAGGUCAUCAUGGUCAAAUUAUAAUUAUAAUUAUGUUCCUCUCCUUCCUGUUCCUCGUUGAGGAUGAAUUGCGCAUGUACAACAUCUUGUUCGUGGAGGUGGUGGAAAAAUGUUGCUCUUCCCGAACGAGUCGAAGAAGUUGUGAAGUUUUGGAUGCAUGAGCAUGAUCUUGUUCAAUCCAUCGCGGCGGGGGUAUUUUUAUACCAGAAUAAACGAGAAUAUUGAAGAUUCACCCGUAGUCGCGGCAUUUUUCUAGUGCACAGUCGACAACUUGAACUGCAUGAAAGCACUCGCAGCUGACACCAGAUUGAUAUAAAAAAGUAAGCUAUCAACAAUCACCACCUCCGCCAACAGGUUCUUAAAUUUUUUAGUACCCCUAGUACAUGCAAUUUAUUUUUAUCACUUUGCUUUGGUAUUAUUAAGUUACGCUGUUUUCAUCUUGUUCUUGUAGAGUGAGAUGAAUCGUGAGGUUGACGAGUAAGUUUUAUUCCCUUUUGAGGAAUUUUUACAGCAUCGCUUUGACUUUGUGUGCCUUUACUCCUUGGCUGUUCAGGAUUCUUCCAACAUAUUAUUAAAAAGGACGACACUUUACUAGAUUAGCAAUAGCAAUAGCUGAUAGAAUGAGUGCUCAUUUCGAGGGACAACAGGCGCAGGUAGCGACAGUGCGACCACCUUCGUUCUCCAUAUGGAGCAUUGGCCAGGGCUGGGAAGGGACUCCUGCAGAUUGGACAGACUACAUCUUUCUGACCUUGGGCUUGUUUUCUCUCAUCUUUUACUUGCAUCAGCGAAAUCCCAGUUACCUAGGAGACGGUGUUGAAUUGAACGAAUUGCCUGAAGGAUCUACGGCAGCUGAAGAAGGGCAAGACGCAGAAGGAGAAACUGAAGGUAGUAGCAGUCGUGGUAAUAAGACAGGUGGAGGAAAGGACAAGAAGGAGGUGGAAAGUGAAACGAAAAAGAAAGCUUGAAGACGCAGUUGUUUGAUCCUCCUAUGAAGACGUUCCCUGCAACUGCUUAUGAAGACAUUUGUUGACGUCGCUUCAACCUUUUAGAUCUCGCUGUGUGUUUUACAGAGCUGUUGCUUCGAGUCGCGGGCGAAGGCGAAAACCCCAAAGUUUUUAACAAAAAGUUGAAUGGUCUUACGCAUACGCAAAAAAAAAAAAAAUGAUAAGAAAAAUGAAGGACGAUAUCCGGGACACACACAUGAGGACAUUAUAAAAAGAAAAAAAGAAGUUUAAGCCGACUACAUGCAUCAAAAGAGCAGAUUGCACAUCUACUUAAAAAGUUCAAAUUGAAAGUAGCCACAAG